AUGGAGGUUUCCCAUGAUCAGUGUACAGAUGCAGGAAAUUGGAGUGAACUGCCAGAAGUAUCCUUGAGACAGGUGUUCCGUUGGCUUGGAGAUCAGGACCGAGUCCGAGCAGCACUGGUGUGUAAAUGCUGGAACCAUGUGAUGCAUUCGCCAGCUCUCUGGCGAUCCAGGACAUUCACCUUCUGUGGAAGACCAUCCAAAUAUCGGCGGGCUGAGUAUGAGUCUGCCAUCUGGUAUGCCAAAAAGUUUGGCAGAUACCUGGUAAACUGUGAGAUCAAAUUCAUGAAUCCGUACAAUUCCCUUCUGACCCGGAGAUUCCAGAUAACAAUGAGGAGCUUCUUAGCACGCCUAGGAAAUGAGAAUAACAGAUUAAAAUCUUUUACCAUCCAACACCUGGAGUUGGACCGCCUUGUGUGGAGCUCAUCUGUCAGGAAUGCCUUCCUAAAGAGCCUGAACUUCUUCCUUCGUCGUGAGUGCAGACACCUUCAGUCGUUCAACCUGAGAGGAGCUCGGCUGGGCAUGGAGCAAGGCUUUUCCAUCUUAAACUCGCUGAUCCACCAGAGGAACAGAAGCUCCAUUUCUGAACUCAACAUUGAAGAUUUCUUCAGCCACCACCUAGCUAUCUAUGCCAAUCCCACCUUCCCUAAAAUCAUUCAUAGCUUCUGUGAACUUACCAGCAUUUCACUCAAUUAUAAUUGUAUCUCAGAUGAUCUCCUGGACACCUUGUGUGAAAGCUGCUACCAGACCCUCAGGACCAUGAACAUUAAAUGCCAUAUCCAUGACCCUCACAACCAGGUUGUAUGGGGACUCUCCUGGUCUAAACUUGCCAAGCGUGCUACCAGCCUGAAAGUGAACUUUUAUUUUGAGCUUGUAAUGAAGAAUGAUCGCCUGACUCGGAUUCUGGUGCCAGAAAUCCCAGUGAGGAGCUUAAAUUUCAGGAGCUGUUACUUUAGUGACCCAGACUGGACCAUGAAACCCACCCUGUCUGAUCUAAUUCCACACUACAAGAGUACACUACAGAAACUGACAUUGGAAUUUAAUAAUAGUCAUGAACGAAUUGAUGAUGAGCUAUUGCAGCUGGCAUUAACGUGUGAACGGCUGCAUUACAUGAAGAUCUGGGCUUUUCUCAGCAUUAAAUUUAUUGAGACAAUUCUACAAUAUCGUCAGGAGGGUAAAUCCAACUUCCGCACUCUUAAGGUGAGAAUUUAUAUGCACAAGUACGAAACAAAUGAAGAAGAUAAGCUGCUGCGCAACUUGUACACGAAGUACAGGGAUUUAAUCGACACAGAACUCAAUUAUUUUGUAAUUACUUACCCCCUGAUGUAA